GACCGGUGCGGCCGCGGGGCCACCGAGCUGGGGACGGGGCGGGACACCCGGACCGGGACACACCGGGACACACCGGGACACACCGGGACACACCGGGACACACCGCCCAUGGAGCCGGCACGGGGCGAGCAGCAGCAGGAGGAAGAAGCAGCAGCAGCGGAGGAGGAGGAGCGGGUUCCGCCCAUUGCCACGACUCCCCCACGGCGGGACCGGAGGGAGGAAUCCUGGAGCCGCAGCAACAGCAGCGAAACGCAGGGAUCAGCGGCCAGUGGGAUCUCCCUGGGAGAAGCAAUCCGUAGGAAAACCGCUGCUAAUUGGGGAAUUGAGCCGUGGUUCCAGCUUCCAGCAGAAGUAAAUUCCAGCUGUUUAACCACUACCUCAGAGACAAAGCUUGGCCUGACUUGUGAGAGGAAUGACCUGUCAGAAUUCCCCACGCUGGAGGAAGGAAUGUUGUCCUUAGGAGGAGCAUCCAGAAGGAGUUUUCCUGGAGAUCCAGCCCGGGGCUCACUGCUGGAAAUCCAGGAAAGUCGGUUCUCUCCGUGUCUCCCGCUCCUGAUGUGCUCAACAGGAGGCCCAAGGAUCCUGGAUGAGUCGCUCUUCCAGCCCUCAGGAAUGGAUUUUAUUCCCUUAAGAGGAAUUCCCGAUGUUUCUGGAGUGUCCCAGGAGCUUUUGGAGCCUUCCCACGUCCGUGACUCUCCAUCCCUGAGGGACACAGCCCCUCCCUUGGAUGCUCCCAGUGGCUGCUCCUUGUCCCAACAUCCCUUUCCAUCCGGACCUGCUGAUCCUGGAGAUGCCGAUUUGUCUUCCCAAAACUCCUUGUCCGGACAGCGUGGGAGCAAGGAGGGCAAGAAAUCCUGGAAAACUGAUGAGGAGGCAUCGAGUCCCCAGACAAGUGAGGAUUCCACAAACUCUGCUCCAAAGGUGCUGCUGGAAAAGAGGCCAAACCAAGCGGGAACUUCUCUCCCAAAGGAACCCCGGAGCACGUCUGGGAAUGAUGGACAUUCCUCCAGUGACAGCGAUGGUCCAGCUGCUGGUAUUGAGCUUCCAGGGAAAGAGAAGGAGCUCCUGAGGCAGGAUGAGUUCUCGUCUUCAGGAAAUUCCUCCUACAAAACAGCUCUGACGGAAAAAAGCGAGAGGGAGAUGCAAAAGGAGAAGGUGCAAAUGGUCAAGAGUGAGGGAGGAGUCCUGGAAAAGCUGGAAAAGAACGAGCUUGAUUUGUCAAAUAAUUCAUCUGAUGGCUCGAGGAACGACCAUUCCCAAAAUCCAAGUGCUCCCGAUGUUCCUUCUUCCAAGACUUCUGAGCCAGGCAAAGGGAUGUCCAAGGAACACCGAGUGGAUUUAAACGGCUCUGGAAGCUCGAAGUUCAUCCCUGAGGAACUCCAGGGAGCCUUCCUGGAUGGUCAGGGCAAACAACCACCUCCUGCAGUGGGAUUUGGGAAAGAGGAGCUGAUCCCUGCUGGGACAGACACCAGGGAUUGUGCACCUGGACAGCGGGUUGUUGACACGGAGACGCCUCCGUGCGGUGCGGAAUAUCCGGCGGGAGCCGAUCCCGGAGGGAGCGGGAGCGAAUUGACCCCUUCGGAUUUUUCCAUAGAAAGGGGCCAUAAAGUCACAGACAUUUCCCCUUCCUUCAAUCUCGGAGGCGACGCCUCGUUCUCCCUGCACUUUGCUCAUCCCAUCUUUCAGUCCACUCCGGGGGUAUUCCUGAAGAAGACAGUCAAGGCAGAACAACUUGGUGUCCCGGCGCUCCGGUCGGAUCUCCAGGCCUCUCCAACGUGUCCUGAUGUUCCUGCAGGGAACUCCCCCACCCCUGGGAAGCAGCAUUCACCCCAACGUGCUCCGAAGGAAAACUGUGGACAUUUGGAGCCCUUCAAGUGGAAAUAUCCCCACACUGGAAGAAUCCAGUCCCUCCCAUCCCUUAGUUUCAUGGAGAAGGUUGGAUCUUGGAACGUCAGCCAGCCAGAGGAGGUUCCUCAUGCCGGGACUCCCGGUGGAUUUUCUCCUGGAAGAAAAGCCUCCAGUGCCAUUGCCAUUUCCUCCAGCCAUGCUUUGUCCAACCAGAAAAGCAGCAGAAAUCCCGAGGAUUUUGCUGCUGCUCCCCCUAGGGAGACAGGUUCUCUGGGAAGUUUGCAUUUCCCAAGUAAAAACCUCCUGCCUGUCCCCUCUCUUACGAGAUCCCAGUCGGACAACGCCGUGAAUGUCUCCAGCAGGAAACAUUCCUUGCCUGGGGUUAUUCCACCAGCAAAUUCCACAGAGGAUCUGCAGCCUCCAGAAGAAGAAAAACAUGUUUUAGGAGUGUUGGGCAGUAAUUUAGGAGGCUCCAUGAUCCAGAAGAUUGUUUCUGGAUCCAGCAGUGAAGACACGGAAAACAACAACACUGGACAAAGCUCAGAUCCCAAUGUUUGGGUUUCCAGUGUUGCUCAGCUCCUUAAAAAGGAUGGAAGCUCUCCAACUGGUGGCCAGAAGAAUUGGGAUGCUCCUGAAGAUCGGUCUCUUAGCCUGAAUAUUCCCACUGGUCCCGUCAUCCGGGACAACCUGGGGGCAAUUUCCCCGGAUAGUUUGAAUGUUCCCGUUAGUUCUGGUGGGAGCAGCCAGGGGGGUUUGGGAUCCGCCCCGAGCUCUGGAGGGGUCUCCAGGCCCUUCCCCAGUGCAGGAGGUGACAAAUUCCUCCCUGUUGGAGCAAAUCCUGUGGAAACUCCGAAGAAAGAAGAGUUGGAUAUUGAAGAAAGGAUCCCAAUAUAUCUCCGGAACCUUGGCAUUGACCAGUCCCCUGGGACCAUUUUGGCUCCGUUUCUACCCCGAGGACCCAUCAGGGAAGUUGAGUUUUCCCCGUCAGAGCUCAGGACAGUCAAAGGCUCCCUGGACACCCUGGCCAGGAUCCCUCCAAAGGCACAAGGUAAAUUGUUGCCAGCAUUUGAGGUGGUGCCGACGGGUUUCGACUCCGACACUUCCGCUCUCAGCAUUUCCAUUCCCGUGGAGUCCGAGGUUGGCUCUGAUGUUCUGUCACCCCAGGAGCUCUCUCCCAGCUUCCCAAGGGUUUUUGGAGACAGCCCAGGGAGCCAGUGCAGUGUGCCAUGCCAGCAGCUGCAGAGGGAUGCUCCGAUUUCCACACAGGAUCCAGAGUGUCCUGCUGUCUCCAAACUUGUCUCUUCCGACACGCAGAGUCCCCUCCUUGUUCCGAGCAGCGUUCGGGAUCUUGCUAAAAACGAGUCCAGAAUUUUGGACAGCAGCCUGCAGAGUUGGGCUGCUGGUGUUUUGGCUGGAGUUAAAAACGGGAUGGAAGCUGACAGAGGAUCCCAGAGCUCCAGGGUGGGAAGUGAGAGAAACAAGGAGCAAGGCAGGGAUUCUUGGCUGGGAUCGGGUGUGCUGAGGGACAUCCGGGAGCUCCUGGCAGAGGCAGAGGAUUUGAGUGCCAGGUGGGGUCAUCCUGCCUUUUCCAUGGCCUCUCGUAGGGAAAGCAGGGAGUCUUCCCUGGCGCUGAUGAGGCGGGAGGAUGAUCCCAGAGAUCCCAGGUUGGUGCAGGACAGAACCCCUCAAUCCCAGAAGAGACUGUCGUGGGACGAGGCUGCCACCCGGCAAAGCGCGCGAGAAGAAGGGUUGGGAAUAAACCCUUGGAAUUCCGACACGUGUAACUUGAGGUGGGAGAACGCUCUGCAGGUCGACUCACACCGGGGUGAAGGAGUGAAGGAAGUAUGCCAGGAGUUCAGGGCAGGAAAAUCUGCGGGAAGGUCGGAGCCGGAGGGUUGCAGCAGCGUCACCACCGACAGAAACCAACGCGCCCGGGUGGGCCCGGCACGGAGCAGCCCCAGCAGCCAGGGCAGCGCUGCCACAACCUCGGAACCAGGGAAUCCUCCUUCCUCAGAGCCCCCUGGAAGCAGCACUGAUAUCCCAGGAGCCUUCCUGAGCACGUCCCGAUCCAAUGGAGCCGGAAGCAAAGCAGGAGGCGCCGGCGGGAGCGACGACAGCAGCAGCGGAGAUUCCCUGGCUGUCCGAGUCAGGAACCUCCUGGGGGAUCCAGGGAGUGGCACCUCUGGCACAGGAGGAUUCCUGAGUGGAGCUGGUGGUGCCAGGAUGAAGGGAGCGGGGCUGGGGGGCAGUGGCAGCAGCAGCAGCGGGGAUUCCCUGGCUGCCCGUGUCAGGAACCUCCUGAGGAGCGGAUCCCCUGGGAGAGAGGCAGCCCAAAUCCUCAGGAACGCCGAGGAGCAGGAGAGGAAAAUCCGGGCCUGGGUGAAGCUGAAACUGGCCAGCAGAUCCCAGGAAUCUGUGCCAGACUGGGAUGAGGAGACCCAGCAAAGAAUCGAGGAAAUCAAGGCAGAGCUGCUCCUGAGGGCCAAGAAAUCCAUCCAGGCCAAGGAUCCCUGGGUCUGUGGUUUGGGAGCUGCCUCUGAGUGUCUCCAUAAGCAGGAACAGGACACAGGGAGUUUCAAAACUCCAAGAUUCCCAACUGUCAGACACCCCCAGCCCAUCAGGACUCAGGAACUUUCAGAGGCCAGCUCAGGACAGGCUGUGCUGUUCCAUAAAUCCCAUCCCUCUGACAGCUUCCAGCUGAGGGACAUGCAGCUGAAAUCCUGGAAUGCUGCUGCUGGAAUGGCUGUGUGCAGCCAAUACCCACCAGCUGCCACAGACCAUUCCCACACCAUGGCUGAGCUUUACCCACCACUGGAGUGGGAUCCCUGUGCAACGGGCUCUGAUGUACGGACAGAAUUCCUCGUGCCAGCUCCGAAGGUGCUGCCUGUGGAGAAGAGCUUGGAAGAGAUGGGAAAGCCAAUCACUUCCAUCACCACCUCAUCCUGGAAACACCUCCAGUCCCCACUGGGGACACUGGGCAACAGCCUCUCCAGGGAUGGGUUUGAUGGGAUCGUGCCUGUGGAUGUCGACUCUGCUGCCAGUGGGGAACAGAGCCAUGACAGAGAACACUGGGAAGGAUCCAGGACUUGUCCUGCCAGUCCAGUGCUGGCUGGAUCCGUGUUCCAGGAGAUUAAUCAUGCAGAUCAGGGCAGGUUCCAUCCCACCUCUACUGAAAGGGACAGAGCUGGAGUUUAUCAGGACACAGACUCUUUGUCAGCUCAGGAUUCCGGGAGCAUCCAUGCUGGGAAAAGGCAGACCCCCAGUGCAGAAAAAUGUGAUUUUUUGGCCCAGAAUGGGGGUGAGUUGGGCAGGCAGAGCGGCAGAGCUGGGGGGCUGGACAUGGCCUUCAGUCAGGAGAGAAAUCCAUUCACUGAACCCCAUUCCCUGAGCUCUUCCCAGCAGGAGAAGAACAGCUCUGGCCACAUCCAGCUCAGCGAGAACUUGGAAGGUUCCGAUCCAGCAGAACAAGUGGAUUUGCUCCAGGGUCGUGGUGAGCUGGGAGAAGAGAGGGAAAACGCUGAUGAGCCACCUCUCGUUCCAGCAACAGAGGCUGGGAGGGAGCAAGUGGAGCCAUCCCACCCUUCACCCCCAGAGGAGCUUUUACCCACCACGUCUGCAGCUCCCUCCUCACCAGCCAAGAAAUUCCUGUCCUGUGUCCACAUCACCCUCUCCUCCAAGGUUCAUCGCGUGGAGCUGCGCAGGGACGGGAACGUGGAAAGCGGGAUGAAACCGGGGAUAAACCCGAAACCAAGACUCAACCGGUGCCUUUGAAAGC